AUUAGAAUUUUACAAGGGGUGAUAUGUAAUUUGCCCUUAUUUUUAUUUCCCAAAUAAAAAUAUGUUUGAUUCACAUCAAAAUUAUUUUGUAAAUGUUUGAUUCGAACCUGAGUCGGUUGACACAUGCUCACUUGCUCAAACCGUUAGGGCAAUCCCUUGUCAAUAGUCAGUAGGUGGAGUUUGUCACACAUGGUUAGCCUAAAAUGAUUUACGUAUCUCGUAUAGUUUGCAAGCUAUUAUAUAAGGGUGUAUGUACUGUUUAUCGAGUGCACCUAUAUACAUGGUUGCAGGUUCAUUCAUCACAAAAAAUAUAUAUAUAUAUCUAGCUAACCAAAUCUAAAAAAUCAUCUAUAGAACCUUGAAAAGCUAUAUUCACACGAAAAAAAUAGUUUUUCACUUUCGAGUUUUUUAUAUUUUAUUUUAAAAAGUGCUAAUUUCGACUGAAAAUCCGAUUUCCAACCCUAGCUAACAACUUCUGAUUGUUUCCGACGGCAUAGUUAGAUUGAUGCAAUUUCGUAUACCAUAAGGGGUAUAAUUAGAUAGGACCACAAUAUAGGGGUGUAAACUGCAAAUAAUUUUUUUAAUUGGAGAGCAUUUAUAUGAGAAAAAAAUCUAACUUAAGGGUGCAUUGUACAAAUUAACUAUAGUUGGAGGGUGCAUUGUACCAAUUAACUAUAAUUGGAGGGUGCAUUAUGCCAUUUACCCAAAUUGAACACUGUAACAUGUUAAACAAUAAACCCGAAACCCUAAAUCCUCUUUUUCCUCUCUUGCAUUCUGAAAUGACGGCCCCGGGAGGAAUGUACGACGUCGUUUUGAAGCCGAAGCUGCUCCGCUCGCUGCUCAGAGAGUAUGUUCCCGAUGAGAAGCACCCGUUCAGCAACCCGUCGGAGCUUUCCUACAUUGUCUCCACCGUCAAGACUCACAAAUUGCUGUCGGAGUGGUCCCCACAGCCCAUGGAACAAGAAUUGGCGGACGCCUGGAAAUCCACCGUCGAUUCGUGGGUCAAGCGGUUGCUCACUCUUACAUCCAGCACUUUGCCAGAUAAGUGUUGGGCUGGAAUAUGUUUGCUUGGGUUGACCUGUCAGGAAUGCAGUUCGGAGCGCUUUAUAGCUUCAUAUGCUGAAUGGUUAGAGAAGCUUCUCUCACAUGUUCAGCCUUCAGUAGUUUCACACUUUGUUAAGGCAGCUUCUUGUGCGGCGCUGUCUGAUAUGUUUACAAGGUUAAGUGGAUUCUCAAAUGCAAAAAAGGAUGCAACUUCACAUGCUAUGAAAGUUAUUCAGCCAGCAUUGAAGUUGUUAAAUGAGGACAGCUCUGCUCUUGUGUUGGAAGAAGCAGUGUGUCUGAUAUGCACCAUGAUAAAUUUCUUUCCAUCAACAGUCCACCGGCAUUAUGAUAGUGUUGAAGCAGCCAUUGUUUCUAAGAUUGUGUCUGGAAAAUGCAGUGCAGGUGUGCUGAAGAAGCUUGGUUAUGGCUUGUCAUCGCUUCCAAAAUCGAGAGGAGAUGAGGAUAGCUGGUGUCUGAUGAUGGAUAAGAUGUUGCUAUAUAUAAACAGUCAGUUGAAUGAUGCUUUACAGGGUCUAGAAGAAGAGGCCAAAAGUACUCAAACAUUGAGGGCUUUGCUUCCGUCUGGGAAAGAACCCCCACCACCCUUAAGUGGAUUAGUAGAAUCUGAACGAGCCUCAGAUCUUUCAACGAGGAGGCCGGAACGACUUCUGGGUUCUAGAAUUUCGACUCUUAUGCAAUGCUGUUGUGACAUGCUUACAAGUUCUUAUCCUGUUAUGGUUUCUGUUCCUGUUUGUGGUCUAAUAGCCCUUGCUGGAAGAGUGCUGAUGGUUGAUGGUUCUUCGUCUUUAUCCUCGUACUCUUUCUUGACCACUCUGAAACAAGAAUUUGUUUGUUCAGAAAUUCCGAUUCUGCAGCUCCGUAGUCUGGAAAUUCUCACAGCUGUUGUCAAGGGGUUGAGCAGCCAAUUAUUACCACAUGUUGCAGGCAUUGUACAACUGCUCAACGAAUACUUUAGGAGAUGCAAAUUCCCGGAUUUGAAGAUAAAAGCAUAUUCGAUUGUGAAAGUCCUACUGAUGUCAAUGGGCACUGGGAUUGCAAUACAUAUUAGCCAGGAUAUCAUCAGUAAUGUAUUUAUUGAUUUAGAUUUCCUUGGUGGUGAGAAGGAUGGUAAAAAUUCAGGUACACACUCAGAGGUCCCCACCAAGUUGUUGACCGAGUCUCGUCAGAAGAAAAGGAAGCAUUCAAUUAUUGCAAGAUCCUCCCAAGACGAGCCUGCUCACAAUAGUUUGGAAGUUGGAACCCCACAUAAUUCGACUCCAAUAUCUGUGAAGAUAGCAGCACUGGAGGCAUUAGAAGCUCUUCUAACUUUGGCUGGUGCUAUGAGAUCUGAGAGCUGGCGAGGAAAUGUCGAUAAUCUCCUUAUUACAGUGGCAACAAAUGCUUUUAAAGGGGGAUGGUCCAAGGAGGAAAAAAGGAAAUUUCUUUCCGACGAUUCUACCCCUAUCUGGCAAGACUUUCAACUAGCUGCCUUACGUGCACUUUUGGCAUCUCUUCUUUCGCCUGGCCGAGUUCGCCCAUCACAUCUAGCUCUGGGUCUACAACUUUUCCGUAGAGGCAUGCAAGAGACGGGUACAAAACUGGGCGAAUAUUGUGGACACGCACUUCUAGCAUUAGAAGUGCUCAUACACCCAAGAGCACUUCCAUUGUUAGAUCUUGCGUCUAUAGGCAGUAACGAAUUUAAAGAUCCAAACCACACUGUAUAUCAAGAUGGGGGCCCACGAGGAAAUGGGCCAGCCGAGCCCGAAUCAGAAGACGAUGACCUGAACGAAAACUGGCUCAGUAAAGACGAUGACCGCGAAUUGGAUAUCAAAGACUCGAAGAGGCAACGAGAAAAUGCACAUUAUAAUAAUACUGAAACACCUUCUCAAGAUGAACUCGCUCCUGUGAAGGUUUCCGCUGCUUCCACUUCUCGUGUGCCUGAAAGAGUUGAGCGCAGGGUUGAAUCACCGCAUUUCGGAAAUGCUGAGGUGGAAAAGGUUGUUUCUUUUGUGAUUGAUGAUGUGGCAAUGGUGGAGGACAGUAAGACGGCAGCGAAGAGUGAUGUGAUUUCUGAGGAAAUCGCGGAGUUGGGCUCUACUUCAGAUACCAAGAAUGUGUUCGAUAGAAUGCUUGAGAGAGUAAACGUUAAUUAUGGAUCGGAGGAUGAGACGAUUCCUGAUAUUGUCGAUGGCGACCCUGAUGAUGAUUCACACAGUGACAAUGAAGGUUGAUAUUGUCUUGCUGUCAGAAAUUUUGCUGAUGAGGUGUACCAGGUUUUCUUUUUUUUCUUGUGUGUGUGUGUGUGUGUUUGCUGAGAGUUAAUUGGAGUACUUGGUCAAUAGCGUUAUUUUUUUGACUUAAAUGGAUUUGUUAUGAUUAAUUUAUAAUUUUUUGUUGUUGACGAAAGUGCCCAUUUACAU